AUGCCAUCCCAGGAGAACUUUGGCCACUCUGAACAAAGUGAGCGCUACAUCGAGGCGGGCUCAGACACCUCAUUGCGAGCUGGGAAGGGUGACGAGCAACUAAAAAGUCCAGCAUAUUCAUCAGGGCGAAGUCAGUCAGGAGGUUCUGUUCUAGAUUAUAAGCGGACGACUGCGCAGUGGCUGAAGGGACUGGUUCAAGCCCCAGAAGCUUACAGUGCGAAGUUUACGGAGAUACCGACUCGAAAAAGGUCGAUUGCGAGGCCAUUGGAUAAUGCUCGGCGUCCUUCUGAGCCUGUGCUCUCAAACAAGGCCACUUGUCACCCGGCUGACAAGUCAAUCCAUUCCGGCAAGUCCGAUCCCAAAAUAGAUGGGCUGUCUUUCAAGCGUGCCAUCAGCGACUUAGAAAGACUUCUGAGUGAAGCUCUCACUCUUGCAUCUCAAGUCAUUGAUCGAUCGGGAUCUCCAAAUGGUGGUGGAUGCAAGCGACCAUCAAGCAGUCUGCACUCUGGUUACCGGGGCAGACCAGGUUACAGGGAGAUUGACACAAAUUAUUUGAACGAUAGGUCGCCGACUAGUGAACGUGAGAGCGCUGAGGAUCUCUCCGACUUCGAAUUAAGCCAACAGACUACGCAAGUGCGUCCCGCAUACAAGCAUGCCUCGACAUUCGCCGGCCCUGCGGAGCGCCCCAAGUUAGCUGAGAUUAUUGAAAACUACUCUAGGAAGUACGAAGACCUCCAUCCCAGAAGUGUUGACACCCGAAUGCGUCUCAGAUCUCAGCCUUCUCAGUCUCCAGGCCAGUCGAUGGCGGUCAUACCCACUCGGAACUCAAGAAAACAAGCCACACAAAGGCCUCUUAGGAAACUCGUGAAUGGAGAGGUUUUGGCACCGGUGCACAGAGGCGGAAAGCCGCGAGAAGAGAACCUGACCCCAGUUCUCAACUUCAAUCUGGGGAAAGACGCCCUUCUGGGAGAUAAGUCAUUAGAAAAGCGACCUGUUGGAGAGCAUACUCCAUCAGCCGGUCGCAAUGCUACUAGCCAGGAAGCCCUACCCGAGCGCGACGUUGCAGGUCGGAAGUCGCCCAUCCGCAAGAGGUACGUUGCAUCUGUGGCCUGUCUAAGUACAGCGUUGAUCGGCAUAUUGCUCGGCAUCUAUACUGGACUCGUUCCCUCCAUCCAGUACUAUAUUGUCGACCAGUCUCAUGUCGCCAUUCACGGAAAUACAGGGUGCUUCCUUGGCCUUGCGUUGCCAACGUUCUUUCUGUGGCCAUUGCCCUUGCUACACGGCCGAAAGCCGUACAUCAUGGCGAGCCUUAUCCUUGCGAUGCCUCUCUUAUUUCCGCAGGCGCUUGCAGUCAACAGCCCCAGGUUGACGAAUAUUACUUCAUGGAGGAUCUUGUUAAUUGCCUCUCGAACACUGAUGGGAUGCUCUCUUGGAUUUGCGAGCAUGAACUUUCACUCCAUCCUGACAGACCUUUUUGGAGCCUCAUUGAUGAGUGGGAAUCCUCACCAAGAGGUAGUUGAUCAGUUUGAUGCGCGGAGACAUGGAGGCGGCAUGGGUGUAUGGCUUGGUAUUUGGACCUGGUGCUGGGUUGGAUCACUUGGCAUUGGGUUUCUCAUCGGCGCCUCCAUCAUUGACCAGCAUCCUCCAGCCUGGGGCUUCUACCUCAGUAUUUUACUGAUUGCGGUGGUGUUGCUUCUCAACGUCAUCUGCCCUGAGGCCCGCCGUUCCUCCUUUCGGCGAUCAGUUGCCGAAGUCCGAGCUGGUUCUGACAUCUCACGCAGACUGGCCCGUGGUGAAGUCAUGAUGCACCGAGUCAAGACCGGGCCAAAGUGGUGGGGUAAUGAGGUUUGGCAUGGUGUCCUUCUCUCUCUCGAGAUGCUCCGUCAGCCUGGCUUCUCUGUCAUGGCCGUCUAUGUCGCUUGGAUCUAUGCACAGGUUGUUCUCGUUAUCGCCCUGCUGGGAUCAUUGGCUUCCCGGUUCUACCAUUUGCGUUCCCCCUAUGUUGGCCUUCACGUUGCUGCUAUGGCUCUGGGCGCUCUAUUUGCUAUCCCGUUCCAGAAAGCCAGCAUCUUUUCGAGGUCACGUCAUUCUCAAGUCAAUUCCAGCAGGGAGACCCUUGACCGAACAGUCGCGUGGUCAUCGCACUUGAUUCGACGGGCAGUUUUCACGAUCACAUUGCCGCUGGGAGCCAUUUGUUACGCUGCUGUUUCCUCUGGACCACCCAUGAGCCUCGGUGUUCCAACAUUAUUUGCAAUGUGCAUCGGGUUUCUCUCCUGUCUCGCAAUUGCAGAAUGUAAUGGCCUAAUCAUGGAGACUUUCGACACUUCGGAUCUCUCUCCAGGGAUGAUCGGCCGGCAGCGAGACGCAACUGGCCAAACCCAAAAGAAAACAAACUACUCGUCGUUCCCACGAGUGACAUCCGGCUUCGCAAUCAUUCAUAGCUUUGCAUUCAUCCUCGCGGCAGGUUCAACCGCGCUUGGCGGCCACAUCACUCGGACCCUCGGCCAGCGGGUUGCCUCGGGCGUGGUGGCGAGCAUUCUGUUCCUCCUAACCAUGCUGUUGUUGCUCGUACUCGUUCGCUUCAAGAAUGUCCUCAUCAUACCGCGCUCGAAGUCUGCAGAGAUGGAUCGGUUGACACAGGCUCGUCGGAAGUCUACCCAGCGUCGUGCUUCAAUGCCCAAUGACUUGCGAGCUUUGAUGGAGGAGGAUAUGGCAUGGCGUCCAGUCAUGAUUGGAAAUCCUGUUGGCAAAAACCGCCGAGUGAACUUGCUGGAGCUCGGAUGCAUGACUCGUUGGCAAGACAUUCGGAGAAAGAACAAACUCAUUGAUGAAAGCGCCCACCUCAACCGAUCUGCCUUGGAUCAGGGACUUGAAGCUUUAGAUGCUGCACUAGAGGAUCACAUGGAGGAGCUUCGACGAGCCCAGGGCCUAUUCUCCAUGGGAAGUGGGAGAAACAAGCACUCUAGUCGACUCCGACGCAGCGACCAGCGCAGCGAUCAGAGCAGCGAAAAAACCCCAGAUGUCGAACUAGACACACUCGAUUUUGGAAUGGCAUCUAGCGGCCCUUCUCACCAACGGCAAUUCGGUGAGGGAGAGUGCUUCAUGGGUCAGACAGUAAAAGAGGAAAACGAAGAGGAGCCACCAACCGGCCCGCGCAGUUCUAGGAAGGACUAA